ACUUAUAUCCGCCAUAUUGAACAAAUGUUUGAAAUAUGAGGGGUUCGUAGGGUUAAAGGGACAGCACGUGUUUAUAACUUGUAGUGGCUUUUUACAUCGAUCACACAAAAUGAGCAAAAGGAAGUUUGAAGAUGAUGCCACUUCAGCAGACAUCGAAGUUAAGAAAGCUGCAUCGGUUUUUAAAUCGGAUACUGGCAAACUUUUACCCUGUGGCACUUUACAUUUACCAAUCAACACCCCUGUGAAUAAAUUACAGGAGAUUUGCAGUGCUCUCUUGCAACAAGAGGAUCCUUUGGCAUUUUAUGUGAACAAUGUAGAAGUUACAGACACAUUGGAAAAAUACUUAAAAAAUGAUUUUGACUUCCAUGAAGAUGUUGUAGAAAUAGUGUAUCAGCAACAGGCAUUGUUCAAAGUCAGACCUAUCACAAGAUGUACAGGAUCUAUAGAAGGACACAAAGAAGCUGUUAUAUCUGUUGCAUUUUCACCAGAUGGCAAGCAUUUAGCUAGUGGUUCUGGUGAUACAACAGUAAGGUUCUGGGAUAUCUAUACACAAACGCCUUAUCACACAUGUGAAGGCCACAGGCAUUGGGUAUUAUGCAUUUCCUGGUCACCUUGUGGUUCUAAGGUUGCUUCUGCAUGUAAAAAUGGAUUGAUUUAUCUGUGGGAUCCAAAUACUGGGAAACAAAUGGGAAAAGCAAUGACUGGACAUAAAAUGUGGGUAACAUCUAUGUGCUGGGAGCCUUAUCAUAAGAAUCCUGAAUGCCAAUAUUUAGCAAGUGCAUCAAAGGAUUGUGACAUAAGAAUUUGGGAUACAAAGAGAUCACAGAAUUGUCGUGUUUUAUCAGGUCACACAAAAAGUGUAACCUGCAUCAAAUGGGGUGGUAGUGGUCUUAUUUAUUCUGCUUCCCAAGACAGAACCAUCAAAGUAUGGAGAGCAGAAGAUGGUGUGCUGUGUAGAACCUUAGAAGGUCAUGCUCAUUGGGUAAAUACUUUGGCUCUAAACGUAGACUAUGUGCUUAGAACUGGUCCAUUUAAUUUGGAAUCAACUAGAAACUCGGAUCCACUAAUAUAUGCAAAGAAUCGGUAUGAAUCUAUAGGUGAAGAAAUACUUGUGUCUGGAUCUGAUGAUUUUACAUUAUUCUUAUGGAAGCCGGAGAAAGAGAAAAAAUCUGUUGCAAGAAUGACCGGUCAUCAACAACUCAUCAAUGAUGUCAAGUUUUCGCCUAACGGCCGUGUAAUUGCGUCUGCGUCUUUUGACAAGUCCAUAAAAUUAUGGGAAUCUACUACUGGAAAGUUUAUUGCCUCACUAAGAGGCCAUGUUCAAGCAGUUUACUCGAUAGCAUGGAGUGCUGACUCUCGUUUGCUAGUGAGCGGCAGUAAAGACUCCACCUUGAAAGUGUGGAGUAUGAAGACUAAAAAGUUGGAACGGGAUUUACCUGGUCACGCAGACGAAGUUUAUGCCAUCGACUGGUCACCCGAUGGCCUACGAGUCGCUUCAGGUGGAAAAGAUAAAGUUUUGCGAUUAUGGCAAAAUUAAAUUGAUAUAAAUUAAAUAUAAGUGAAAAAGAAACUGGGGUAGCACAAUUACUAAAACCCU